CGAUUCUGUCUAUUUCAUCAUAUUUUGCAUUUUUCAAAUUACUCGAUUCAAAUUUUAUACACUUCGGUAACGCAUUAAAUGUUUUUAAAAUACUUGUGUUUGAAAUAGGGACCCCACUGACCCACAGCUUCUCACGCUAUAAAGACGCGUGGAUAUAUCAGAACGUUUCAAUUUGUUUUCAACAAGAAGUUCGACAGAAUGAGGAAUUUCAAUGCGAUGUUAUUUGCCGUGUUGGUAGUGGCUCUUGCAGGGGAAAUGAACGCAAAGAGUUAUUUCCGAACAGAUCUUGAUGAGUUGGAAAGAGCCAUUCGAAUACAAGGGGAGACGCAGAUUGAUCAAGAUACUCAAACAGAUGCCGAGCCUAAAUUGUCGUGGGGACAGAAGCUGCUUAUGAUGAUGAAAUCAGUGAACAAAUGGAAAGCCAGCGAUACUGAAGAUAGCGCCAAUGAAAAUGAUCUGACAAGAAGAACAAACGCGCAAGAGCAAGAAAAUGCGCAAGAUGGGCAAAACACUUCAAAAGGUGCUUCCUAUAAUGAACGCAGUGGGCAAAUGGGGAGGAAUGGGAAAUUAAGUCCAAUCGAUGAUGAGGGCUUUGUUGACAAAACGGCAUGA